AACUCAGAAAGAAAGAAAAUGAAAAAGCAACAAAUUAACAACAGUAAAAUUGGCUAACAAAACACCACCACCACCACAACAACAACAGGAACGAAAGAUUUGAUUUUUAUUUGUUGUUUAAUCCCAUCAUUGUUUGAACUGAAUCUCAAUCUCUCUUUUUCUGUGAGAGAGAAAUGAGUAGCUCAACUGUCGUUGUUGAAGUAUUGUUGAUGGAGAAUGUUAUGUGGAGUUUCUAGAUCAUACUCAGAUCUUGUUACUUUUUGAUCCAGCUGAAUAGUUUGCCAAUCUUGGAGAAACACAUCAAGGGAGAGAGAUAAGCGAGGGAUUUUCUUUAUCAUCUUGAGUCAGAGUGGAACAUUUAUUGAAUUAAGUAAAGAUGACCAUUUUACGAUAAUGAAGAAGGUUAGAAGCUUUAGGGGUGGAUUUCGAAUUAUGACUCCAUAUUGAUUGAUGCAUCCUGGUUUUCCCAGUUAGAGUGAAUUGUGCCCUUUGACUAUCAUUCAUGCUGUUUUGGCUUUGAAGGAGGAACAAUUAGGUAUUGGAUUCUCAAGUGCAUGAGAUAUUGAUACCAUUGUACAGCUUGAGUUAUGAUCAAACAGAUACUUAAUAGGUUCCCUAGGAAGCCAUCUAAAUCGUCUGACAGUCGUGAAGGUGGGGCUACCUCUACCUCAUCUUCAAAUGUUUCAACCAGUUCAAGAAACAGUGAUUCCGGUAAUCGCUAUGGCAAUCAGAACAGUGCAUCUCAUCCUGGGAACAAUUUCAACGCUAAUGUAGGGGCCAAUCAUGGGAAUAAGUUUGCCCAGGUUGUAAAUUCAAAGCUUAAUGGGAAUUCCUUGGUUUCUUCUUAUGAAGCUUUGCCUAGUUUUAAGGAUGUUCAUAGCUCUGAGAAGCAGAACUUGUUUAUCAAGAAACUGAGCCUAUGUUGUGUUAUCUUUGACUUCACUGACCCAACAAAGAAUCUCAAAGAAAAGGACAUCAAGCGACAAACACUAGUAGAGCUUGUGGAUUAUGUUUCUUCUGCAAAUGGAAAAUUUCCAGAAACUGUCAUGCAGGAAAUGGUAAAGAUGGUGUCCCUAAAUUUGUUUAGAACCCUCACUUCUCCACCCCGUGAAAAUAAAGUUUUAGAAGCCUUUGAUUUGGAAGAGGAAGAGCCCUCAAUGGACCCUGGAUGGCCUCAUUUGCAAGUAGUGUAUGAAUUUCUUUUGAGGUUUGUGGCAUCACCAGAGACAGAUGCAAAAUUGGCUAAGAGGUACGUUGAUCACUCUUUUGUUCUCAGAUUGUUAGACCUUUUUGAUUCAGAGGAUCCAAGAGAGAGGGAGUAUUUGAAAACGGUUUUGCACCGAAUCUAUGGGAAAUUCAUGGUCCAUCGUCCCUUCAUUAGGAAAGCAAUCAACCACAUCUUUUAUCGUUUCAUUUUUGAAACCGAGAAGCAUAAUGGGAUUGCAGAAUUGUUAGAAAUUUUGGGAAGUAUAAUUAAUGGGUUUGCUCUGCCGUUGAAAGAGGAGCACAAACUCUUUCUUGUUCGAGCACUAAUUCCACUUCAUAAACCAAAAUGUGUAGCCAUGUAUCAUCAGCAGCUAUCUUACUGCAUUACACAGUUUGUGGAGAAAGACUGUAAGCUUGCUGACACUGUUAUACGAGGUUUGCUAAAAUAUUGGCCAAUUACAAACAGUACUAAGGAGGUCAUGUUCUUGGGUGAACUGGAGGAAGUGUUAGAAGCAACACAACCUGCAGAGUUUCAGCGCUGUAUGGUACCCUUAUUCCGCCAGAUUGGCCGUUGCUUGAGCAGUUCACAUUUUCAGGUGGCUGAGCGAGCUUUGUUCUUAUGGAACAAUGAUCACAUUGAGAACCUGAUCAAACAGAAUCGCAAAAUUAUACUGCCAAUAAUCUUCCCUGCCUUGGAGGGAAAUGCAAGAAAGCACUGGAAUCAGGCUGUACAGAGCUUGACGAUAAAUGUCCGCAAAAUCUUCUCUGAUAUUGACCCAGAGCUCUUUGAGGAGUGCUUGCUCAAAUUUCAGGAAGAUGAAGCACAAGAGGAAGAGAUGAAAUCGAAACGUGAAGCCACAUGGAAACGCUUGGAAGAAAUUGCUGCAAUGAAAGCUUCAAGUAAUGAACCUGUGCUCAUCUCCCCAAAAAUAGCUACACGCCCACGAUCCGGCUAAGUAGUUAACAAUGUGAUUGGCAGUUGCUGGAGUUUUUGGUUUUGCAGUUGUUAUGCAGACCAUGGAUGGAUAUGGUGAUUUCUGGAAGUGGAAGGCCCAGACUUCCCUAGCUUUUG